AUGAUACUGACAGAGGGUAAAAAAGAAAAAGAUAAAGAUCCUAUAGAUGCUUCUAAAAUAUUAUCUGAUUUUUACGUUAAUUUUUGCAAUAUUAAUCACAUUAAAGACUAUGAAAAGUAUAUUCAUUCAUCAGAAAGCUCACAAAAAGGAGAAGAAAAUGUCAAGGAAUUUGAUGAUUGGUGUCCAGUUCAUGAAUAUAUUCAAAAACAUAAAAAAAUUAGUCAAUAUAAAUUUCGAAAAGGAGUAGAUGAAAAACGAGAAGGAUUUGUGUAUUAUUAUCUUCGAUGGCCUCUUUUGCUGUUUGUCUUUGGAUAUCUUUUUAUUUUAUCGUAUGGUUUUUUGGAAUUGGAUUUACAGUUAUUUUUUUCUUAUUUAUUUAGGAGAGGACAAAGGCAACAUCUUCGAAAAAAGCUUCAUGAAGCAAAUUCUUAUGAUGAAUGGAAAUUAGCAGCUUCUGAGCUAGAUAGGUUUCUUGGAAAUGAUAAAUGGAUGGAAGAUCCUCAAUUUGAUUAUUAUGAUUAUCAAUUGAUUAAUAAAGUACUGAAACUUUUGAGAACGUACAGGGAAAACGACAAUGUAGAGGCACUUAAAGGUGUGUUGGAAACAUGUGUUAGGUCUAACUUUGGAGGUAUUGAAAAUCCACGACUCUAUAGUCAAACAUAUUUUGGAACAAAGUAUUUGGUUGAUGGUUAUGUAACUGAAGUGGAAAAGUGUUUAAAAUAUCUUAUUAAUAGUUCUAAAAUUUCAAUGCAAAAUAAACUUUUUUUUUUUGAAUAUUUAAUUAAAAAUUAUGGUCAUUCAGCUUUAUGUUUGUCUGGGGGUGCUGCAUUUGCUUAUUAUCAUUUAGGAGUUGUUAAAGCAUUAUUAGAUAGCAAAUUACUUCCUAACAUAAUUACUGGCACUAGUGGAGGUGCUUUGAUUGCGUCAUUGGUUUGUACACGUACUGAUGAAGAACUUAUGGCACUUCUUGUUCCUGAAUUAUCACGUAAAAUUACUGCAUGUCAUGAAAAAACAUUUGUAUGGCUAAAACGAUGGUGGAAAACAGGUGCAAGAUUUGAUGCGGUGGAUUGUGCUAUUCGUUGCACAUGGUUUACUAGAGGUAGUACUACAUUUAAAGAGGCUUAUGAAAGGACUGGGAGAAUAUUAAAUAUAUCUGUUGUUCCUGAUGAUCUUCAUUCUCCUCCGAAACUUGUAAAUUAUCUUACUGCUCCUGAUACUGUAAUAUGGUCAGCGUUAAUAGCUAGUGCUGCUGUUCCAGGAAUUUUAAAUCCAGUUCCUCUUAUGUCAAAAAGCUCGGAUGGUAGAUUAGUUCCCUACAGUUUUGGUAACAAAUGGAAGGAUGGGUCAUUACGGACUGAUAUUCCUAUUAAUUCAUUACAUAUGUAUUUUGAUGUUACAUAUUCAAUAGUUUCUCAAGUCAACCCUCAUAUUAAAACAUGGUUUUUUUCAGCGAGAGGAGCUGUAGGCCACCCAGUAAGCCAUAGAAAAGGUAAAGGAUGGCGAGGAGGAUUCCUUGGAAGUGCUAUUGAGCAAUAUCUUAAGCACGAUAUGAUUAAAUGGCUUCGUGUAUUACGAGAUCUUGAGUUAAUGCCUAGGCCUCUUGGUCAAGAUUGGACACAUGUUUUUUUGCAAAAGUUUAAAGGAAAUAUAACAAUUUGGCCUAAAACCCUUCCAUCUGACUUUUUUUAUAUAUUAAGUGAUCCUGAUGAAACGCGUCUUAGUCGAAUGAUACUUUAUGGACAAAAAGCAACAUUUCCUAAAUUACAGUUUAUAUCCCAUAGAAUGAAAAUUGAAAAUCUCAUUAAAUAUGGUCGUCUUCAGGCACAAUUACAUUAUACAAAAGAAAAUCAUUCAAAUAAUCCGUUUUAUAUAAUAUUAGAUAGAAGUAAUGAUAAAAUAGCCUCUGCUGAAUAA